AUGGAAGAAGAUCCAGCUACAGCCUAUGAACGUCUAAGGGAUGACUACUAUGAGGGCAUGAACAGCUUCGAAGCUGUUGAGGGCGAUAAGGAGAAUGUGCUUCCACGACGGCAGGGACGACGCGUUAGUGAUCUCGAUGCAGCCUACAACAGCGACCAGCAUGAAAGAGAGCAACAAAGGAAACAAGGACAUGAGGCAUUCCUGCAGGAAAUUGAACGCAUUGACGACCUUGACGAUCCUCUUGAUGUGUAUAUACGCUACAUUCACUGGACGGAGGCCAACUAUCCGCAGGGACACAAUCAGGAAUCGGAUCUACGAGGGUUGCUUGAAGAGACCACUGGACGUUUCGAGAAGCAUACACAAUACAAGAACGAUGCACGCUAUUUACGAUGUUGGAUUCAAUACAUACAAUAUGCCGAUCAGCCCAAGCAAAUCUACAGAGACCUUAUGAAUAAGGGGAUUGGUCAAGAUCUUGCAUUGUUUUAUGAAACGUACGCCGAUUAUCUUGAGCGUUGUGGAGAGAUGGAUGAAGCAAGCAAAGUAUACAAGAUCGGCAUGGAACGAGAAGCACAACCAUUGAAUCGAUUACGACGACAUCAAGAUGCUUUCGAGAAUAGGCGGACAAUGAGGGAGAGCUUGGCGCGAUCAACAGAUGACCCAAGGUCGAGAAUGCGUGCACCGAAUCGAGUGAUGUUGGGCGUGAGAUUGGAUGCACGAUCUUCAUUUUCAUCAACACCUCGUCGAUUAGGGGUUUCACCUGGUAUUGCAAAUUCUGUAUCCAGCGUCAUUACACCAGCUCGUCAAUUUUCAGUCUUUACAGGCCCUGAAUCAUCAUCAUCAGCAUCAACAACAACAUCACCAUCAUCACCAUCAUCUAGUAAUAACGCCGUCGUCCCUAAUAAUACAUCAUCCGCUAUCAUCUCCAAUCGCAUCGAAAAUCAGAUGCCAGUCGACAAGUUUGCUGGUAGCACGUUAUCGCAAAAAGAUUAUAUCCGCCCUCCUCCUUCACAAUUCCAAGUCUAUCGUGAUCAAUCAUCUGAUCAAUCAGGGCAUUCUCAUCGCACAUAUCAAAACUCCCAGCAGGAGCUUGUAGAUCGAUUCCAACGCAACAAACACAUAUACAUUCAUUCAAGUUCAUCAGGUGGAAAGCAUGAGGUAGUAGCGGCAAACCAGGAAUGCAUUCGGGAUGGUGUCGUUACAAGCUUUGAGGAGCUCCGUGCUCAUAUGCAAUCACAACGACGACGGAUGGCUAAAGGCAAACAAAAGCAAGUGGAAGAAGAUGAUGACGUUGGAGAGUCUUCAGAAUUCCAUUAUACCGACAACAAUGUGGGCCAUCCCCCUCAAGAUAUAACGAUCGAAUUGACGGAGGAGACACGUGCGGCCCUUCGUACGAUUAAUUCGCUGAUGAGCAAGAAUAAGGACAUGUCGAUCGAUGAAGACGAUGAAGCAGAAAUGUGGACGCGUAGCAAUAAACGACCAAGACGGCAUGUGAAUGAAAACGAGGACGGCAGUAAUCACCACCACCACCCAGCCAUUGUACCUGUCAAGAAAUAUGGACAUGAUGCCAAUCGGAUACCGUUUAUGGAUGUUUGUCCCACUACGCCACCACCCAGCUCACCCUUUUUCAAUGAUGCUGAAGGCGGACAUCUUGAAGAUGACGAGGACGACGAGGAUGACGACUUUAAAGAGAUGCAACGGAUGCAACGUGAAGUACAAGAAGCCGAGCAAAGGAAACGUCAGAGAUUGGAUUAA